AUGCCAGUAGAGCACAGUCUACCGUUCGAGCGCAGCCUCUUCAUUGUCACGCCCAACGCCAUACACCUACACUCGCAGACUGGCGCAAAGAUCAUCUUCGAAUGCGAAAGCACCGAUGGCAUCAUCAAUGCUCGCGUGGCCGCAAAUAACAGCAGCCUCCUUGCGGUUACAGACAGUCAGAUUGUGGUCCUCCACGAUACAACACGAAUACGAGUGAAGAAGCACAAGCUGAAGGGUGGAGAUGCCACACCACGUUUACUGCUGUUCUCGCCAGACUCGCGUACCCUCUUCUUCACAACAACGCUUAACACAUCAAUCCAAGCUUACUCUCUCCCGACCGGUGACCUGUUACCCUCGUUCCACUCGCAUCCUUCACCACCAAACGUCGUGGCAAUUUCAAACGAUGGCGACGUCCUGCUAUCAGCUUCACCUUCGCCACCCACCAUACUGCUGCAGAAUCGGAGGUGGGCUGGCUUGGCUGCGGUAAACUUCAAGCCCACGGAUACGUCAUCAGCCCUUACUUGUGCAGCCUUCCAAGCCUUCGACGGAACGCCACAGUCAUCGUAUAUACAGUUUGUACUUGGGUUUAAGGAUGGUAUACUGGCGAUGUACAAAGUAUUUUUGCCCUCGCUCUCUCAAAGCCGACAUGCACCACACGCUGACCAAAUACUGGACUUUCAACUUCAGCCUGUCAGAGUUGGAGCUAUGAGCAAGCUACACAAAGCAGCAAUGGGUGGCGUCACAGCAGCUGCCUUCAUACCGGGCUACAAGUCAAGAGUAGUUAGCAUCGGACAUGAUGGACGGUGCAGACUCGUCGACUUCGAAGCGACUUCACUCUCCGUCACCACAAGCGAGUCGAUCACUUCGAGAGGCCGGCGAGACUGCGCUGUUCCGUUCCAGGGCGACGCAGCUGACGAACAAGAGACAGCGUACGAAGGUGUCGAGACCUUGGUUGCGGUGGGUACACAAGCUGGCAAGGUUUUGGUGUUUAAUGUCUUGGGUCUAAUGCUACAUGAGAUCGUCAUGAAUGUACCGAUUACAUCGGUGGAGUGGAUUGGUGACAUGUCUGCACCCUCGGUCCUUCCUGUUCGAAACACCCCGCUGUCACCGGAGCCCGGUCCUGUCAUUAAAGCGCUGAUGGAAGUGGUGGGCGAGAUCGAGAUCGACCAGUCGCAGCGCACCGUGGAAGAAAAGAGACCAUCUGAACAACCAGAUGAUUUGCACCACCGCGUAUCCAUCGAACGACCGACAGUCUCAUUUUCCGACAAAGCCCAAGAGCGGACGCCAGAUCGCUCAGCAGGCCGACUGCCGAACGUCUCACAAGCUUCAUCCUCAGGCUCACGUUGGAUGGGACAGUGGCCCCGAACAAACAUCUCUGCUCGCUCACAGAUUGAGACAACGAAGCCCGGUUCCUUAUCAACCUCGUCUCAGCCAUUCAGCAACAAAAAUUCGACGGGCCGCCCGGGCAACAGUAACAUAUCGAUCCGAGAAGCACGUAGGUGGCCCCAAAUCAAACAUAUUCCAGUAGUCGCAUCGCUUCGCGCACGACGAGCCCGCGUCUCCAAGCCAUCCUCCCACUCGUCACGUAGACUCGGCUCGUCAGACCAGGAUUUCUUUACACCGCCUUCAACCCGUCAUCCUUCAACGCGCGAAGACAAAGGUAAAGGCAAGACUGCUAAGAGUAUGCACAACCAGGGGGCUUUCGUUGUAAGCGAGAAGAGGCACAAGCCGCUGCGUAUUUCGAGCGGCGACAGCUCUUCUCUGUCCGAACAUGUACAGAGUAAUAAGAGAGAUCGGCAAGUCGCGCGCUCAACGGGGAGGCUAGAUUCAGGCAGAGCAGAGAAGUCUCGACCCACGGCAGCUGCAACAAGCGAUUCUCUUCUUGCUAUGCCUUCAACCGAGAUGGAGGGUUCGAGGUGGCCCAGCGUGUCGCGCAGCCUUUACUCGCAACCCGCAUCUAACAUGGUGCAGAACCGACCCACCAUCAAGGGCGAUGUUGAGGAGCAAUCCGGAUCGAGUAGCAGAAAGAGAAAAUUACUGGAUAUCUCUCCUGCUCCAACAGCUGAGGCCUCGUCUUCACACGACUUAUCGAGCAGUCUGUACUCCCGACCCAAGUCUCGCGUCUUCCGUGGCCAUUCAAAGGCACUCGAUGGUGGAGCGGACGCUGCCACUCCGAUACUCCGGAGCCCAAUCUGUGGCUCGAGAAAGAGUUUCAGCUUCGAUGCCGGACUGCAUGAUUUGGAAGCUCUGGCUGAGCAACGCUACACAGAUGUAAAGAGAGCUGGUGUGUGGACAGGCGGCAAGCGUGAAGAGAUCAGUCGUCUGUGCGACGACAACGCAGCCCUGAAACGGCAGAUCUCAGAUUUCCGCCACGAGUUCCGGAUGCUGAAAGACGUGUUGCUGCAGGCGGAAUCGCAUUGGCGGUGGCAGGAGUGCGUAUCGUGACCUCCCUAUAGACAUCCUCUU